CAAGGUACCAAAGUAUCCCUUGAACGCGUGACGACUGCUGAUGCGAUGCUGAUUCUGUCAGCUGUACCAAUGCCAGUCACAGUAGGAUCGGCAUCCCAGAGCUGGAAUCAGAGCACGCUAUCGACUGGCGUUCCGAGGGGCCAACAGAACCGUUUGAAGGCAACGGCACGGCCACUAAACAACGCUGCAACCUGGUCGCUCGGCCUCUCUCCCCUUCGGGCGCACCGAACCAUGUCUACGUCAUCGCAAUUUGAACUCGUCAAAUUACUUUGAUGCAGCAAGAAACAACGAGAAAACAGACAAUUGCACAAUGGGCGAAGGUCAAGAAGAAGAGGAAGAAGAUGGUAGUGGAUGAACAAGCCAACAACAGACGGUGACGCGCCACGUCUCCCUCCCCCUGACCCCACCAAAAAAACGCGUUCAAACCCACCCCUUCUCACCGCCCAUCGAAACAACAACACCAACGAACAACAACACCAACGAACAACAACACGACAACAACAACACUCAAUACCAACUCAAUGUCGGACACCCCCUUACCCCCCCACUCUCCCCCCAGCCUCC